AAGUAAUAAAUCGCAAUUCGUCGAACAUGCGGAAAAAUCGAUACGGAUUGUCUCACUUCCGCCGGCCACAGGAAGAGGAAAUCCCAUCUUCUCGAAAUCCAAGAUGGUGAUUUUCCCGUUGUCUUGUUGCCAACAAAAAACUCGAAAAUCUAUUUUCGCUUUACCUAACCUCACUUUCCGCGGUCGGUAUCCAAGUAUCUAACGAUGUUUGUUGCAGGAAAUGUUAAAAUUAGGCGGAGCCGUCGAAGACGGCCAAAACAUACAAAGAGCGAAAUAUAUCAUUUCGACUUCUGUAGCCAACAACAACAGUACUAUUACUUUAAACGAAGCCGAACUUAUACCGAUCAAUUGGGAGGGCCGUUUGGUCAGCCCGCCUUUCGUGUCCGUAAAUGAAUUAGGCAAGCAAUUGCUCAAAGCCGCCGCCGAAGGUACCGUGGACAAAGUAAGGCAAUUACUGACCAUCGGAGCUCCAUUUACGGCCGAUUGGUUGGGUACAAGUCCGCUACAUUUAGCUGCUCAAAACAACCACUUGGAAAUCACGGAGAUCCUCCUUCGGGCCGGCAUUUCCAAAGAUGCUCGAACUAAGGUCGAUCGGACGCCCCUGCACAUGGCCGCCUACGAAGGCCACAUCGAUAUUGUCGAUACCCUCGUAAGGCACGGGGCUGAUGUAAAUUGCAGAGAUCUGUUGGACAUGACCCCGUUGCAUUGGGCUGUCCAAAACGGCCAUCUGAAAAUCGUGCAUUUGCUGGUGGAACAAGGCGCUCAAAUCGAUGUCUCGAACAAGUUCGAUAUCACUCCCAUUAUGAUUGCUCAACAAACCGAAAGGUCCGACAUUGAGACCAUCCUGAUUAGGGAAAUCGACAAUUCGACGGUGGUCACCGACAAUUUGGUGCUGCAGCUCAAAGAAGAUAGCGCUGGUACGGGGGACAACGAGCAGGAUGACACUUUUGUGGAGGACGUCGAGCUGGAUAUGGCGGAUAAUCAGGAAUUUUGCGGGUACACGUUAAUUAGAGAUCCGGUGCUUAUCGAGGAGGAUUCGCAGGAUAUGGAUCAAGAGUCUAAUCAGGAGACGAUAGAAGAAGAAACCGAUCAAGAUAAAAUCGAGGAAGAAACCGAGCAAGUAAUCGACACAAAUUCAUUAACUAAUUCCCUUAAAAUCCUGCAAGAACACGGCAUUACGAUGUUGCAAAACGACGACGGUAAUAUUAUGAACAGUGUCAUGGAAAGUGGACAUUCAGUAGUUUUAACAGAUAUCGGUAAGGAGGUUUUGAAUUCCGUGAAGCAAUCCGAGCAGAAGAAGCAAACGUUGCAGAUGGAGAAAAAAUUCGUUUCUGUUACCCCGGAACAAUUUUUAGCAAUGACCGGCAAAAAUGGGGUUAAAUCCAUAAGGCCGUUGAAGGUGGUGCCCUCGAAGGUGGCCUUUAAAAGGGUGGUGAUGAAGAGGAACAAUGUUUCAUCGAUUGCAUCGUCAUUGGUGGGAGAAGAUUAUCGAUCUGUGGCGAACAGUAAUAAAGUGAAUCUGGCUCAGACUGAUCUGGAAAUCGUCAUGAAUCAACUGCUCGAAGCUAGGAAAACUAUCGAAGAGUACAAGAUUAAGUUAAAAAAGAAAGAGCAAGAGGCUGAGAGGUACAAAAUGCAAUUAAAAUUGCUGAUGAAUCCGAGUUAAAAAAGGAAUUACCCGUUUUUAAAUUGAAGAUUGCAGAGAAUAUUUUUAUUUUUGUAAAAAUUGUUGGUAACUCGCCUCUUUUUCACAAUUUUGAAAGAGGUACUUAGGUUUAAGGUUUAAUAAAAAGGUAAGGUGUUAAUAUUGUAAAUAUGUUGUAUAAUUUUUAUUACUCCAGUAUUUAAAUAGUUUAUGUUCUCCCAAUUGAAAUAUCGUUGAAUGUUAAAAAAGAUUACUAAUUACCUUUUUUACUCUUUUCUAAAUAAUGUGCAUUUUGCGAUGGAUUUUGCAUUCGUAGAAAUAAACUUUAUUUCCAAAGAAAAUAACGACUGAUAUUUUAUAAUAUAACAAAUUGGUUACUUUUUUGGAAAAACAUUCUCAGGAGUUUGCCUUAAUUAUGUGUAAAAAAUGUCACUGAUAAUUUAACAUAAUUCUCGUUUUAUUUAGUUUAUUGCCUUAGCUUUAG